AUGGCGCUACUCUUCACGACGGCGGCAGAUCAUGAACGCCACUCCAAGAUGCGGCUUGCCAUCACCGCCAUCGCGCUCGGCCUAGUUUCCCUCCAUGCCAGCGCCAGCUUAUUCCGCACUCUGCGCAUCAACAAGCUGCGCGCCAAGAGCGUUUCUGUCGGUGGCGGCGGUGAUGUCGCGGCUUCGCAACACUACUCUGAUCGCGAUGGCGUCGCCACCGACGAGACUAUGCGCAGCUACAGCACCCGCUGGCAGACUCUGCUGACGGCGCUCUGUGCUGGCGUUGGUGCUUGUGUGUCUCUAGCGCAAGCAGUGCUGGUCACGCUAGAAGCAGGAGAUGUCGUGAUAGCGUGGUUAACGUGCGCUAUUUGGCUUCCUCUCAUUUUCCAAAGCAUCGAUAUCUCGAUAGAAAAGGAGCCGGUCCGCAAAUACAACAUUGCCUUGUCCAACUCCCUAACCUACCUGCUCGGCUUCGCCGUGUUCUGCUACGUGGACGACCUCCGCGACACUUCGAGCCCCGUCAAGCUCGGCCUGGUCAUCACUCGCGCCUGCGUCGCACUCGCAGGCUUCCUCAUCUGCACCCUCUACCCGCGCAGACCAGACGUCACCUACGACGGCCGCCUCGUCGACGGCCAACGCACCGCCUCCGCCUUCAGCCGGUACACCUACACCUGGCUGUCGCCCCUGCUCGCCUUCGCCUCCAAGAAGGGUGUCCUCCACCAGGAUGACCUGCCCAAGCUCGACGCCACCACGCGCUCGCGCGACCUGCACGACGACUUCGUGGCACGGAUCUCGUCAUCAUCAUCCUCCUCCUCCCCUGCCGUCCCGCUCUGGCGCAAGCUCAUCCGCGCGCACUCGCACGGCUUGGCCAUGCAGUACGGGCUGACGACGCUCGACUCGGUCCUGAUCGUCGCGCCGCAGGCGGCCAUGUUCCGGCUGCUGAAGCUGCUGGAGGAGCGGGCCAACGGCGCCGACGUGACGGUCGAGGCCAGCCUGUGGGUGCUCGGUCUGGGCGCGGGCAUCGUCGUGCAGAACUUCUUCGAGAACUGGCGCUGGUGGGUCAGCUACGGCUACCUGAACGUGCCGAUUCGCGUGCAGCUGAGCGCGUUGAUUUUCGCUAAGAGCAUGCGGCGGAAGGACGUCAAGGGCGGGCAGAAGAAGGACGAGGGCGAUUCUGAGGGAGAUGAGGAGGAUGAGGAGGAGAAGGAUGGCGAGGAUGCGAUGAAGUUGACCCAGCAGGCGACGGUCAAUUUAGUCGGCGUCGAUACGAAGCGCGUUGCGGACUAUGUGACGUAUCAGAACGGGUUUUGGGGCGCGUUCAUCAAGAUUAUAGUGUCCUUUGUGUUCAUCUAUAAGCUCGUGGGAUGGCAAGCACUCGUUGCGGGUAUCAUCGCGCAGCUUGCAACGAUUCCCCUGAACAUGUACUUCGCGAAGAGGUACGCGUCUGCUCAAAACGAUCUCAUGGUCGCUCGCGAUCGUAAACUCAACGUCCUCAACGAAGCUCUGAUGGGCAUCCGGCAAAUUAAGUUCUCUGCGCUCGAGAAGCAGUGGCAGAAGAAAAUCGCGGACUACCGUGAAGUGGAACUCUCGGCAAUCUGGCGCGUUUUCAUUGCUGACACUUUCCUGAUUUUCUGCUGGAUCUUUGGUCCCUACAUGCUUUCGGCCGUCACUCUUGCCGUCCACGCGCUGAUCAACGACCACUUGUAUCCCUCCGUGGCGUUUACAACUAUCGGUAUUCUGACACAGAUCGAGGGAACGAUGGCGUUCAUCCCGGAACUGAUCGCAGUUGGAGUCGACGCCUGGGUGAGUAUCAAGCGUAUCGACGAGUAUCUUAAUGCACCCGAGAAGCCGCAGAAUACAUGGCCUGGCGACCAUGUCUCCUUCAAAAAUGCCAGCGUUGCUUGGCCGUCGGACUCCGAGAAGAAUGAGGAAUCUUUCGUUCUGCGUAAUUUGAAUUUCACCUUUCCGAACCGGCAACUCAGCGUUAUCUCUGGCCGUACUGGGUCUGGCAAGACCCUUCUUCUCAAGGCUAUCUUGGGCGAGGUAGACGUCAUUUCCGGCACCAUUGAAGUUCCCCGGGCACCGCCUGCAGAUCAGCGCUUCGACCACAAGGCCAACAGGAAGAACUGGAUCAUCGACUCCGCCAUCGCGUUUGUCAGCCAGCAGCCCUGGAUCGAGAACUGCAGCUUCCGGGACAAUGUGCUCUUCGGUCUACCGUUUGAUGCCGUUCGCUACCGCAAAGUCCUCUCCGCCUGUGCUCUGGACAAGGACCUGACGAUGCUCACCGACGGCGACUCGACGGAAAUCGGCGCCCAGGGCAUCAACCUGAGCGGCGGCCAGCGCUGGCGCAUCACGCUCGCCCGCGCGCUGUACUCGCGCGCCGGCAUCCUGGUCAUGGACGACAUCUUCAGCGCCGUCGACGCCCACGUCGGCCGCCACAUCUUCGAGAACGCGCUGACGGGCGAGCUGGCCGUCGGCCGCACCAGGAUCAUCGUCACCCACCACGUCUCGCUCACCCUGCCGAAGACCAAGUUCGAGGUUUUCCUCAGCGGCGGCAGGGUCGAGCGCGCUGGCACGGUCGACUCGCUUCGCCGCACGGGCGAGCUGCAGGACAUUCUCGAGGAGGAGCGGAAUGAGGAGGCUAUCGUGGAUGGCGAGGCGCAUCUCGAUCUCCCUAACGGCAAUGGUCAUGCAGCUCGGCGUCGUAGCUCGGCGUUCCAUAGGAGGCCGAGCGCUGCGUCUAUGGGUGAGAGUGGUGGCGAUGCGCUGGUUAGGUACCUCUCUCGGACGAGCGAGCGGUCGGACUUUAUCGACGAUGGCGGGCAUGUGGAGUACGACAACAAGGAGCCGGCCAAGAAAUUCGUUGAAGAGGAGACGAAGAUGAAGGGAAAAGUGCUUUGGUCCGUCUACAUGCAGUAUGUCAAGGCUGGAGGUGGCUACUGGUUCUGGGCUGGCAUUGUGUUGGCGUUCUGCGCUAUUCAGGCGUUGAUCUUGGGAAGAUCAUGGUGGCUUACCAUCUGGACCAGCCAGUACAAGACUCAGUCAGAGCCUGCCAAGACGUUUGUCGCCUCUGUCCUGCAGCACCCGAUGAUCCAUAAUGUCCGCACGCCAUACCACGCCCAGACGCUCACCAGGAGUACGAAAUUCUAUGUUGGCAUCUAUGUGCUAAUUUCUUGCACCAUCUCCCUUUGUGGUGCAGCGCGCUACUUCUGGGUCUAUUGCGGUUCGAUCCGCGCCAGUCGUAAACUGUUUGACGACUUGACGUACGCUGUACUGCGAGCGCCGCUAAGGUGGCUUGAUACAGUGCCGACAGGCCGCGUGCUGAACAGAUUUACGGCUGACUUCAGCACUUUGGAUCUCGAGCAGGCAAACGCUUUCUCGUUCAUGCUGUUCAAUCUGCUCAUGGUUAUAGGUAUCGUGAUUGCUGGUAUGAUGGUCACUCCAGUCAUGAUCCUAUUCGCGAUCAUUUUGCUGGCCCUUUGCGUCCGCUACGCACUUUACUACCUCGUCGGGGCACGCGAGACCAAGCGCUUGGAGAGUCUGGCCAAGAGUCCUGUAUUCGAGCUCUUUGGUGCCGCUCUCUCUGGCCUCGGUACUAUCCGUGCUUUUGGCAAGACGGACGACUACAUCAACGCCAUGUUCGCCAAGAUCGACAUGCACGGGCAGACGAUGAUGUACAUGUGGGCAUUCAACCGCUGGCUGACCUUCCGGCUGGGCGUGGUCGGGGCCGCCUUCGCCGUGGCCAUGGCGGCGCUCAUCGUCUCUCUCAACAUCGACGCGGCACUGGCGGGCUUCGCCAUCGGCUUCACGCUCGAGUACUCGAUCGCGGUCGUGUGGAUGCUGCGGCAGUACGCCAUCGUCGAGCUGUCGAUGAACGCCGUCGAGCGCAUCCUCGAGUACUCGGAGAUCGCCAUCGAAGACCAGGAGGGCGCCGACGCGCCCGCCCACUGGCCGGCCGAGGGCCGCCUCGAAGUCGACGACCUGGUCGUGUCGUACGCGUCGGACCUGGAGCCCGUCCUCAAGGGCGUGUCGUUCGCCGUCGCGCCCAACGAGCGCGUCGGCGUCGUCGGCCGCACCGGCGCGGGCAAGAGCAGCCUGACGCUUGCGCUCUUCCGCUUCCUCGAGGCGCGCCGCGGAAGCAUCACCAUCGACGGCGUCGACAUCGCUAACGUCAAGCUCGAGGACCUCCGCUCUCGCCUCGCCAUCAUCCCUCAGGACCCCGUCCUCUUCUCCGGCACCGUCCGCUCCAACAUCGACCCCUUCGCCGAGCACGACGACCGCGAGCUGCGCGAGGCGCUGGAGCGCGUGCACCUCGUGUCCUCCGCGGAGGAAUCGUCGUCGGAUGAUAACGAGGGCGAGGAUGGUGUGAACAAGAACCCCUUCUCGUCGCUCUCGACGACCAUCUCGGAGGGCGGCUCGAACUUGUCGCAGGGCCAGCGCCAGCUGCUCUGCCUCGCCCGCGCCAUCGUCGCCCGCCCGAAGGUCAUGAUCCUCGACGAGGCGACGUCGGCCGUCGACAAGGCUACCGACGCGCUCAUCCAGAGGAGCGUGCGCGAGGAGUUUAGCGAUAGCACGCUCAUCGUUAUCGCCCAUCGUCUCAGCACCAUCGCUGACUUUGAUAGGAUCUUGGUGCUUGGCGAGGGUAAGGUUGUCGAGUUUGGAAGCCCGAGGGAGUUGUUGGAGAAGGAGGAUGGCGCGUUCCACGGGAUGGUGGAGGAUAGUGGUGAGAGGGAGGUGCUGAGGGAGAUUAUUUUGGGGGAGGCCAGGGAAUAG